AUGGAGAAGCCUAACGCGCUCGGAAUCUCUGCAGAGGAGUUCAAGGCUAUUGAGCAGACUCGCCAGCGUCUGUUUCAGCUAUCCAACAGCAUCCAAGGCCUGAAAGUGGAUGUGCUCAAAAGCAACCCACUCCCUCCUCCUUCUUCGCUACAAGCACAGUCCCAAAUUCUCCUCCGCAACCUCCAAUCCCUCCUCGACACCCUUACGGAAAACACCCAUGUCUUUCAGCAUCUGCAUGUCUUUCCAGACGUCGCAUACCCGGGCCGUGUGUACGAGAACAUCCUGCUUCAGCUGCUUCGCAAGAAACUUGAGCCCGGCGUCGAGGAAUGGGUCGAGCGCGGUCGCGAGACGACGCGGGAGCUGCGCGGCGAUGGUACCAGUGAUGGCGAGGCCAAGCUCGAGGAGGUCUGGCGUGAGGUGCGUUCGUGGACCGUUGAACGAGUGCAAAAAUAUGUUCUCGAAGAGGCACAUGACGUAUACACCGAAGAAGAACGCGAGAAAGGUAUUGAGAACGUAAGGACAGGUUUGAAGAGGGGCCUUGAGGAAGACGAAGACAGCGACGAGGAGGGGGAGGGAGAUGAUGAAGAUGUCGUAAUGGGGGGCCAGCAGCAGCCACAGCAGCCGCAGAAAAUGACGGGCCCAGAGCCAGAGAUGCUGUUUUGGUUUGAGGCAAGAGGAGAUUUUGAGUUGCCGAGGAAUGUCGACUUGUUGAGUCAGGCGGGGACGAAGCGUGGGUCGAUGGGAGUGAGAAAGUGA